GCGAGGGCUAUGUUAUGCAGGGUUUCUCUCCCAACAACUGUCGAAAGCGAUACGAUUUGCAAGAGUGCUGCAGUGUGCUAGCAAGCAAAAGGUGUUUAGUUCAUUGGGGUGAAACCACUGCAAACCAGCAGUAAUGUUAAAUUACACUAGUCUGCGGGAAACCGGAGUUUGGGAUAAGUGUGCAAUCGUAAGUGCAGAAUGAUUUCUGUCUCAAAACGUAUUUAUUAUAACAGAUGAACUAUUUACAGAAAGGUAUUACCAAAGAAGAAAAACCCGGCGCGAACAACUCGGUGGAGGCUGAAUGGUGAAGAAGAUGAGGACUUCCUUUAUUCCCAUCAAAAAAUUAAGGCGAAAUGUCAAGUAUCUUCUUUUUGGUGCCGUGUUAAUGACUGGAGUUUUGGCUGCCUAUCUCGAAUUUGUUGCAACAACAAAUACAUGGGACGACAACAUCCAGAGCAGUCCUUGGAAUGAUGCGAACCCAUACAAGCAAGGGGACAGAGAGUCGGGUCGAAUGCGGGGGAAGGGCAGACCGUGGGAGUCCAGCUUCGUAUCGCAGCCCUGGAGGCCCGAGUAUAAAGGGCAAGCAAAUUUGCACAUUUUUGAAGACUGGUGUGGUAGCUCCAUCGCACAGCUCCGGAAGAACCUUCAUUACCCUCUCUAUCCCCACUCACGGACCACUGUGAAGAAGCUGGCUGUGACUCCUCGCUGGACCAGCUACGGCCUGCGGAUCUUCGGCUACCUCCACCCGCACACGGACGGCCAGUACCUGUUCGCCGUGGCCUCCGACGACAACUCUGAAUUCUGGCUGAGCUCGGACGACAGCCCCCUGAACAUCCAUCUCCUGGCCCUGGUGGGGAAGACGGGCGCAGAAUGGACAGCUCCGGGGGAGUUUGGGAAGUACGCCAGUCAGACGUCGCACCCGGUCCAGCUGAAGUCGUCAGAGCGCUAUUACUUUGAAAUCAUCCACAAGCAGAACGAGCGGGGGACGGACCAUGUAGAAGUCGCAUGGCAAGUGCAGCCGGAUGGUCUGCGGUUCAGCAUCAUCGGCUCCAAGUACAUUUCCCUUUACACAAACGAGUCCGGCCUGCUGCUGAGUGAGGUGGGCCACAUCCCGCAGACGGCCGCCAGUCACGCCAAGAUGGCGGCCGAGAGCGCGAGGACCUCCGCCCACGGCGCGGACAUGCUGCGGGAGGACCGGCGGGACAGCCUGCACCAGCUGCCACUCAUCAAUGAGGCGUACCUGAACAAACUCCUGCCGGACUGCACCUACAGGCCCAGCUACAUCAUCAAGGGCUACCCCCUGCUGAGGUACCAGGGCCUGCAAUUCGUCUACAUGUCCUAUAUCUACCCCAAUGACUACACCAGACUAACGCACAUGGAGACCGACAACAAGUGCUUUUACCACGCCAAUCCACAGUACAUAAAGAGGUAUGGGUUUUAUAGAUACAUGAAACUGGACGUCCCCGAAGGUUAUGAAGACGCACGUCCUCCGUGGGACACGGCAGGUUUUGACGAGUUGGAGGACAAUAUUAGGUACGAGGACAUUCCCAAGGAUGACGACCCCGAGGGGGAAGAUGGAGAGGACGGGGCCCGCAAACGAUCCAACGACCUUCCAGACUACGGCGACGACUACGACGACUACACCUUCAAGCGCAAAAGGAAGCUGUUCUCUGUGGGCCUGGCCGACGGGCCCAGGCUCGUGAAGAAGAGGAAGAGGCGGGACAAAGCCAGCGUCCAGGAGGAAGCACUACCCCAGCCGCCUGAGGUGGUUCAAAGGGAAAUUCCAGAGGUCAAAGUUCAGAGGAGGAAAAAGUCCAGUAUGAAAAGUGAAAUCGGUCUAAUUGAGAGGCUGGGCCCUUUACCACACGGCCUCCUACCUCUGGGGAACAAUUCAUCACAGUUUGAACAGCCCAGGCAGGGUAAGCCUGCCAUCCCAGUGCAAGCGCAUGGAAAGAAUCCGGGUCACGUUGAUCGCCGCCUGGUGCCCGGGGGAGCAAAUGACAACAAAAUGGCGGCUUUGGAAAAGCCGAUCAGCCUUAAAAACCUCACGUUGCACCGAGACCUGGAACGACUGGCUCCGCCGAUGGCCGCGAAGCUGCCGGUGCCCCCCCGAGCCCCCCCGGGCCCCCACAAACCCCGCCCGAAACCACGGCUGAGGACGUCAGCAAACGCGUCCCAGAUCGAAAUCCAGGACAACGCCAUCAGGAAGGGCUGGAUCCCAAAAGAGCGGUGGAAGGACCUGAAAGGGAACGAGGUGGAGGAGAAGCAGGCGGAUCCAGAGCAGAACAACGCUGUCCUUCACGUUCUGGAGCCGCCCGAGAUAGCUCCCGGGGUGAGGAGAGAGGAGAAGGAGGAGGAGGUGGGAGAGAAAGGCGCCAUGGACCUGAAAGAGGAUGAGGACGGGCUCUGGAAGCUGGAUGACGCAGAGGCGUACGAUGACGACGACAUGCUGAAGUACGAGGGCUACGACCCCACCGAGGCGCCGGCCUUCGACCCGGAAGUGAACUGGGGGCAGACCUUCGAGGUGGACCCGCUGGACUUCCACUCGCUGCGCUCCGACUGGAUCGACCUGAGCUGCAACGUGUCCGGCAACCUGCUGCUGAAGCAAGAGGACGCGCUCGCCGUGGUGGAGAGAUUCAUGAAGAAGCUCAACCAAAAGCAUCCUGGGCGGUUCUCCCUGCUGCGGGUGGUGAACGUGGAGAAGCGGGUGGACCCGUCGUUCGGCAGCCGUUACCUGCUGGAGCUGGAGCUCCUGGAGCGGGGCGGGGAGCGCGUGCGCCUGUCGCGCUACGUCUACCUGCUCCGCCGCCGUAGCCGCCCCCGCGGCCUGGAGGGCGGCCGCAAGCAGGCCCCGCCUGAACAGGUGCUGUGUGACCCCCGCGGCUUCGCCUGGAACCCCUCCGCCACCGUCCACUUCAUCGUCCCAGUGAAGAACCAGGCACGGUGGGUCAGGCAGUUCAUCCAGGACAUGGCGCAGCUGUACAAGGACACCGGGGACAGAAACUUCAACAUCAUCAUCACCGACUACAGCAGCACAGACAUGGACGUGGAGCAGGAGCUCAGGAGCUCGGCCUUGCCCAGGUACCAGUAUGUGAAGCUGAGUGGAAACUUUGAGAGAUCAGCAGGCCUUCAGGCUGGGAUCGACCUCAUUCCCGACGACCACAGCAUCGUGUUCCUGUGUGACCUGCACAUCCACUUCCCCGAGUACAUCAUCGACAGCAUCCGCAAGCACUGCGUGGAGGGCAAGAUGGCGUUCGCCCCCAUCGUCCUGCGGCUGGAAUGCGGGGCCACUCCGCGGGAGCCCGACGGGUUUUGGGAGGUGAACGGGUUCGGCCUGCUCGGGAUCUAUAAGUCUGACCUGGACGCUGCCGGCGGGAUGAACACCAAAGAGUUCCGGGAUCGCUGGGGCGGGGAGGACUGGGAGCUGCUGGACAGGAUCCUACAGACCGGGCUGGAAGUGGAGAGAAUCUACCUCAGAAACUUUAUGCACCACUACCACUCCAAGCGAGGCAUGUGGAACCGACAGUCCCUCAAAGUCACGUAACCACGGAAACGAAAGGGUCGCGCCACACGGCAGCCUUUUCCGAGGUGCCUCAGUCAGCCACGCCCUCCCCGGCAUCACUCACCAAUCACUGCUUGUGUUGCUGGGGGAUCAAUGGAAGGGGUGGGGCCAAGGGGUUUCUGGACUCUCAGAGAGAGAGAGAGACUCUUUGUCACUCAAGCUCUCCGUGGGCUGUGAUCUUCGGUACGAACAGUUACUACCACGGUCGUGUGCUGGAGUAGAAUAUUUUAUAGAGAGGUGGAAAAAAGAAAAUACUACUGAUUUUAUUUUAUUUUUUUCUGUUUUUAUAUUGUGUUUCUAACUAUUUCUUUAAAAAUGGACGAUGAUGAAUUAGCCUUGAUUAUGUAUUUUGACAUUGAUUGAAAGUAAUGUUUGAUUACAGUAACGGUAAUAUCAAUAUAAUAUAUGAUUGGUAUGCUAAUCUAGUUGCCUUUAUAAAAGGUUUUUGCUAGGCUUUAGAAGGCGCUCGUUCCUGACUACAGUAUGUACGAAAGGUGCUUGUCUGAGAGGGACUAAAGUUUUAUUUUUUGUUGUCCUGAUUGAAUUCAGGCAUAAUUGUCUGUCUCCCUGUCACAUUGUCUGAUAAACAGCUCCCCUGUCGGGGUUGUCUUUGCACAAAGUCACCAGGAAACAAGCAGCCAAAAUCCUGCAUCCAUCUGCUGACUCCAAAACUGGCUCCCCCCUAAGCUACAGUGGGUUGAAUCCCCUAACCAAAUUUGUUCAGUUUCAAAUCAUCAGAAUACUUCAUAUCUUCAGUAUGCACGCACAUAUAUCAUUCAUAAGUGAGAUAUGCUAAUGUCAUAGCUGUGGCAUAUAGAGUUCAUAUCAGAUUAUGAAUUCACACAUGGGUAGUAAGCAGCCUGUUUAAGCACUACCCAUACAACACUGAUUUGUUAUGCUUUUUUUUUUUUCUUUUUUUUUUAAAUUGAAUGGUGCAACUGUUAGUACAAGUAAGAACCCUCAUUGUUUGCGGGAAGCCAUUCUCUUUGCUUAUCUUUGACAAAUCAGGGUUGAGCUUUGUCGGGUGUUUCAUAAGCAAACCUAUGUGUAAGGAAUUGGUCAUUUCGUGUUGUGCACCAAGAUAUGGCACUUUAAACAGAAUUUCACCUGUGAGGGCUUCAGUCUGACAAUCAAAAGCCGAUUGGUGAUUAUUUCCAUUUGCUAACUCACAGUGACUUUUUUAACCAUUGAGACAAUUUUAAGUCUUAAAAAAGUUUUGAUUGAAUUAUUUUACUUAAUUUUAUCUGUUAAGUUAUACAGAUUUUAAAAGUCAAUGCAUUGUUUGCCUUUACUGUAUUCAUCAAAUAUGGUCAAAUAGGUUUGGGUAAGAAAACCGUACUGUCACUGACAUUUGAAAAUAAUCCAUGUGCAGGACCAAGAUCAAUGCUGUUUUCUGAUGGAAAGAAAUCUCUAAACCGGGGACCUGUAGUUAAUGUAGUGGCUGUUGCUUUGCUCUCAUGUAAUGCUUAGGAAUAUUUUAUGUGUCUAUCAUGAAGUAGCAGAUGGUGACAGUUGAUAUUAUUAACCGUUAUGUUAACUAGAAAGUUCACUGAGAGACGGGUAGGAAUGGAAAGGGAUUGGCUAGUCAAGUGGCUAUAAAGUUAGUUGGAUAAGAAAACCAGUUUGAGGAUUUGGCCUGGAACAUCUUUUUAAUACUACUACUCUUAUGAUAGAUGACAGAAGUGAAUCAGGACCUCAGUUUAAUAUCACAUAUAAAAUAUUUUGAUAUAAAAUAUAUAAAUAUAUACUGUAUAUGUAAAAUAUGUAAAUGUGCAACACGCACACAUGGCAUGUGGAUUUAGCUGCCAUUUAGAUCACUGUUUUAUAACCACUCCUAAAAAGAUGUUUAAGAUGUUCCUUGCAUAUUAUUUAAAUUCUCAAUGUUCAGUUUUUUACUGAAUCAAUAUUUCUAGGUUUAUACUAGAAAAGGCAUAGUGUCUUUUGACCAGUACUUUCAGACUGCUUGUUUGUGUUCACGAGGCAUUUAAAUUAAGUGCCCUUUUGUGUUAUAUGUUCAAUAUACUCAUUCACGUUAAUCACAGUGGAUGGCAAACUCCAGGGAUUAUCACAUUUUCUCUCUUAGGGAUAUUUAUUUCACUAACUCAUUUUACGCCGUUUUUAUUUGUCUUUUGUGGAAAUUGUUUCCAGUAGAACAUGCUGUUCGGUGAAACAAAAAUCUUUUUUUUAUUUUAUUUUUUAAAUCUAGUUUUAAAAAUCUAUUUUAAAACUAGGAAUCCUUUGUUUACCUUUUUCAAAGUGAUGUAUAUUCUUCAUUUUUAGUUUUGGAAAAUGUUUUGUUAUGUUGUUCUGUUCUGUUUGAAAUUGUCUGGUUUUUGGUUAAUAUACUGUAUACAGUACCAGAUUCACAAACUGUAAAGUUUGGUGGUCUGUUUCGUUGCUUGAGAACUUAAGAACUGCCAAAGAACUAAUGCAUAUAUUUGUUGGAAAAAUAAGUCAUAUAGAUGACCACAAUGAGAAAGAGGUCAUGGCACUGGUUUUUAAAAGUUCAAAAUCAUGGUAAUUACUUAAAUAUUUAUAUAUAUUUUUUAAAAUAUAUAUAUAUUUUAAAGCUCUGCUGGCUAAAACCUGUUGAACUCUGGUCUUGCUUUACAUUUGAAUGUAUAGCUGCCCUCUGCAUUUCCCGACUGAAUAAUGAAGUGCUUAUGCAGGCAGACCAAAGAGACAGUUUCUACAUUCUCUCACAGGGCAGAUGAACACAGAACUGAAUGUUCAGCCUGUCAGCCUUCCAGACCUACUGUGCAUUUUAUGUGUUAUGCAAACAAGGUUACCAGCUCUAUAUUUGUACAUAUAUGCUGUUCUCUUCAGUGCCUUUCAAGAGUUUGGAACAUAAAACAACUUACUGGGAAUCUUGUGUUACUGUGAACACACAGUUUUGUGAAUGGUCUUUUAAAUGUUCAUCAAGUGUCAUGUCAUUUGUGUAUAAAAUGUAAUUUCGUGAAUAUGAAAAGCAAAGCCUUUUUUAGGUGUGUUUUUAAAUCACAUGGCAUUUUCUCUGUGAUGUCUCAUUCCUCUCCUGGGACUACCCAUAGUGCAAUGCAUGUGUGCGUGUAUGCGGUUUCUAGGGGAACACAUUAGGGCAUUCCACUGUUGCUAUGUAGGACACAAACAGCUGCUGUUAUGGUGGUAUGUGGUGUCAAAGGUCGAACAUAGGAUACACCUUUUAUGCCCUUUGUUUCUUUGGAAUAUUACUGUAUCUCAAACUUAAGUCUCAAUGUUUUCAGUGUCUAAUGACAAUGCAUAACUGUGUCAUGUCACAAUUUCAGGUUAAACUUUUUUGUUAAUGGUUCUCAACGUAGUAAAUAUUACCAAAGUACUGAAGUAGAUACAGUGCUAGCAACUAGCUCUGCUCAUCUUCUAUGAAGUGGUGUCUUUUUGUCUCAACCGUUUUCUGCUUUUCUGUUUCUGACUUUCUUUUGGUAUUUGUAAAAUGACUGUAUUGCUCUGUAGUCUACAACACUGUUUUGUCCAUUCUUGUACCCAAAAUCAUGUAGCUGCUCAUUGCAAUGUAGACAUGUGGUAACUAGAAUGGUGCUCGUGAGCAACAGUGGAGCUAAAAACAGCAAGAGCCAGACAGAUUUGAAUUUAUUCAGGUUCAAAUUGCAUCUUUGGUCGAGGGUGUGAUUUGAAAACACCGGGAUGCCAUUCAUUGCGCAUAGGCCACUACGGAAGCCACUUUGAGUUGUGUAAUUCGGAUGGAAUUCAUUCUAUGGUUAUCUUUUGUGACAGAGUCUGUUGAGAGAGCCGUUCAGGGAAAACACAGCCUUUGUGAAAUCACUUCACCUGAAUUUGAUUUCUGUGAAAUUGGUGUCAUUGUGUGCAGCUAUAUUCCCUUCCCCCACCCAAAAUGGUCCUUAUAAAGUGUUUUAAAUCUA